UCCGGCUCCCCUUUCACAGUUAGCGAGAGAAAUCUGUCACCUCAGCAAAGCCAAGAACCCUGUAGUAGCCUUCAAUAUUCGCGAACUUCGACUGCAUUGAUCAACGUCGGGGAGUUAACUCUCAGGCUACGUGCUUUUAGAAUCCGUUUCUAGCUUUUUAACGCCUGUUGAUAGAAAGUAGGAGCAGAAUGGCGAGCAGUUCUAAACGGAAAGAGGAAAGUCACCUGCUGAAUGGGGCUGUGAAACAAUCCACAUGGAGCAAAGCCUUCUCCGGUAACGCUGUUUGGGAAGAAAAGGAUGAGUUUUUGGAUGUGAUUUAUUGGCUCCGACAAAUUAUUGCUGUUAUCCUUGGUGUGAUAUGGGGUGUUGCACCUUUGAAAGGAUUUCUAGGAAUAGCAAUUUUCUGCGCCAUCAAUGCGGGGCUCCUGUACCUAUACUUCAGUAGCUUUCAGCAGAUUGAUGAAGAAGAGUAUGGAGGCACAUGGGAACUCACCAAAGAAGGCUUCAUGACAUCUUUUGCCCUUUUCCUGGUGGUGUGGAUAAUCUUUUACACAGCUCUUCAUUUUGACUGAGAGAUGCAUGAGGAUAUAAAUAAGAACAUUUUUGUUAAAGUAAGUUGACGGACUGAAGAACUUCAAAAAGUGGGGGUGUGAGUGCUCUACACUAAGACGUCUCUCUCUGUGCAGCAUUAUGGGAAUGCUAAAUAUCGCUAAAUGACAUCCAGCAAGAACACAGGGAUGAAGACGUUCAGAUGCUGUACAUCUUUUUCAUUUGAGACUUCUGUUUUUUUUAAGGACAUAUUUCAUUAUACUUCCCAAAUUGUUUAUUUCUUCAUGUGUUCAUGAAAAAAGAAACAAACACUAAAGUUGCAGAAGGUAAAACGUGUUUUAGGCAGGUUACAUUUCUGUUGGUUUCGUACAGUACGAUUAUGUGAAACAGCUCGAUCAGCUUACUUCAAAUGUAUGACUGACUUGAUUUCAGACUUUAUAUACUGCAAAGAUAACAAGCGAUGGCUACCAAUUUCUGUUUAUCGGUUAUAGGUGGCUCAGUGAAGUUUUAGGCAUAGGACAUUAAACACAAAAGUAUCAUUUCAAUAUAUGGGUUCAGUCUGUGAAUUAUUUUAAAUUUAAUGUCAGAUAAAAGAAACUACCGUUCAUAUAGUAGAAUAACUCUGAAUCUUGUCUUUUAAUCCCUGCUCUGAAUUUUUUUACAGCUAAAUUAUUUUUGACUAAAUAAGUCGUGAUUACCAGUUAGUGUGUUUCUUUAGAUUAAAGGUUAAUGUAGUUUGUCUUUAAGAGCAAAAUGUAAUUUAAUUCGAUAUUUUUUCUUUGGGGCGGGUGAUCAAAUGUUUGAUGUCUAACAAAAGUAAAAGCUGUAUUCAGACAUGGCUUAUAAAUAACCUCGAACAUUAAAACGGAUGCUGUCACACUGGUUUGCUCAUAUUCAGUUAUGAACCAUUCCCCUAUCUGAGCAAAGUGGGGAAAAACAUGUUUAUGUUUUGGAUGCAAACUUUGAUCAAUUUUAUUUUAAGCUGAAACUGAUCUGUUUACUGCCAUGCUUUCUAUUUGUCUGCCAUUAUUAAAACAGUUUAGAUUAAAUAUUUUUUUUUUUUUUGAAAAUGUAGCUUUUAGAUUAGUCUUGUCUAUUUGGAAAUGUAUUUAAAACUCUAAAGUCUUUAUCUUCUUUUCUUGUCAAAUCCCAACUUGUAUUACACAGAUUUGUAUUUAUGUUAUGUCUCUUCUGAUGUAACAAUUCUCAGUAUUUUCUGAUGAGGAAUGUCUGAGAGCAGUUCUUGCAACGAUGUGAUGAUGCUGUUGUUCAAUAUGCAGCUGGUGUUGGAAGGGAUUGUAUUUUCUGAUCAAAUCUUUUUGGGAAUCAUUAAACAUGGGCUUCAUUUGGCCUUCAUUUUCAGAGACAU